AUUGAAGGAAGGUUUUUUUUUCUUGUUUGUUGGCUAGUCAUUUUAAAUUUUGUUCUUUUUAGUUUCACGCACUCCCUCCGUACUUCUAAUGAUUUUUAAGAGAGUUGAGUUGUAUUAUGAAAGUUACAUGCCUGAGAGGAUUUAACUUCGAAUUCCCUGAAUAUGCUGAAAGGACUUUAUGCACUGAAAAGACCUCAGGAAAAUCCAAGAUGGCCGCGAAAAGGAAAGGUGGCCUAAAGCUAAACGCUAUCUGUGCCAAGCUGAGCCGGCAAGUGGUGUACGAUGGCAGUUCCCAGCAUGCCGAGGGGGACACGAGCCUACCGGACAACAGCGAGAAGGGGAGCGCGCACUAUGAGGAGGCCGAGCGGCCCGACGCCGACUUCCCCGAGGGCCUGAACCUGGGGCCCAGCUUCGAGGAGGACCAGAGGAGGCGCGAGGCCAUCGAGAAGUGGGUGAACGGGGAGUACUCGGACGAGCCGUCGCUGGACUGCGGCGAGCGGCGGGAGCGGCGGGUCAGCGGCGCCGAGGAGGGCCCGCCCGAGGGCGUCUACAUGGUCCAGCCCAAGGGCUGCAGCGAGGACGAGGACAACGCCGACGAGCCCGAGACCCUGCCGGGGUCCCGGGCCAGCAGUUACCGCGACGACAGGGACUCGGAGGAUGCCCCUCACAAGGAGGACAACUACACGUCUUCCGGCGAGGCCCCCAGUCGCCAAGCCCCCUUCGCCUCUCCGGGGGAGGCCUCCGUGCUCCGAGACUAUGCAGCCAGCACCAUGAACGAGUUCCUGGGCAUGUUCGGGUACGACGACCAGCAGGUGAGGGACGAGCUGGCCAAGAAGAUAAGCUUCGAGAAGCUGAAAGCUGCUACCUCAGACGCCUCCUCCCUCAGCAGUGAGGAAGCCACCCGGCGGGCCCGCUUCUCCAAGUACGAGGAGUAUAUCCGCAAGCUGAAGGCCGGCGAGACGCUGCCCUGGCCCUCACACGGCGCCAAGCCCGACGACCUCAGCGCCAAGAUGGCCGCCGACAAGGGCGCCCUGAUGCAGGCCGCCAGCUGCCUGCCAGGCGCCGAGGCGGCCCAGCUGUACCCAGCCGCCAUCGACCACAAGCAGGGACCCCUGAGCGUGCCCCCGCCCAGCCCCUCCCAGAUGCAGAACCUGGCCUCGCGCACCUCCAAGUACGACUACUUCAUCCAGAAGCUGAAGAUGGGCGAGAGCCUGCGGCAGCAGAACGGCAGCGCCUACAAGCGGCCCUCCAAGUACGACCUGGAGAACGUCAAGUUCCUGCACCUCUUCAAGCCCGGUGAAGGCAGCCCCGACAUGGGCGGUGCCAUCGCCUUCAAGACGGGCAAGGUGGGCCGCCCAUCCAAGUACGACAUCCGCAACAUCCAGAAGCUGAUGCCCGGGAAGCCCGACCCGACCCUCAUGCCCAACAUGAUGUCCGCCACCCCUGGGACCCCUGGCAACCCCGGGGCCCCCACCACCACCGCCUCCGCUGCUACCGCUGCCGCCGCCGCCGCCGCCGCUGCUGCCGCAACAGGACCCCCGGGCAUCACGGUGGACCAGGCCGGACAUCUGGGCUUCGGCGCCUCCGACUACAUGAAGUCCAGCUUCUCUAAGACCGACUCCAUCACCACGGGAACAGUGUCUUCAGUCAAGAACGGCCUGCCACCCGAGAAACCCGUCAGCGAGGAUGUCAACCUGUACCAGAAAUAUAUCGCCAGGUUCUCCGGGAGCCAGCACUGCGGGCAUGUCCACUGCGCUUACCAGUACCGAGAGCAUUACCACUGCAUGGACCCCGAAUGCAACUACCAGAGAUUCACCAGUAAGCAGGACGUGAUCCGCCACUACAACAUGCACAAGAAGCGGGACAACUCCCUGCAGCACGGCUUCAUGCGCUUCAGCCCCCUGGACGACUGCAGCGUCUACUACCACGGCUGCCACCUCAACGGAAAGAGCACCCACUACCACUGCAUGCAGGUGGGGUGCAACAAGGUGUACACCAGCACGUCCGACGUUAUGACUCACGAGAACUUCCACAAGAAGAACGCACAGCUCAUCAACGACGGCUUCCAGAGGUUCAGGGCGACGGAGGACUGCGGCACGGUGGACUGCCAGUUCUACGGCCAGAAGACCACCCACUUCCACUGCAGACGCCCUGGUUGCACGUUCACCUUCAAGAACAAAUGCGACAUCGAGAAGCACAAGAGCUAUCACAUCAAGGACGACGCGUACGCCAAGGAUGGCUUCAAGAAGUUCUACAAGUACGAGGAGUGCAAGUACGAGGGCUGCGUCUACAGCAAGGCCACCAACCACUUCCACUGCAUCCGCUCCGGCUGUGGCUUCACCUUCACCUCCACCAGCCAGAUGACGUCCCACAAGCGCAAGCACGAGAGGCGCCACAUCCGCUCGUCCGGCGUCCUGGGCCUCUCCUCCUCCUUCCUCAUGCCCAAGGAGGAGCCGGAGGAGUCCAGCAACGACGACCUGAUGGACUUCUCGGCCAUCAGCAGCAAGAACUCCAGCCUGAGCGCCUCCCCGACCACCCAGCAGUCUUCCUCGGGCCCACACCUGCUGCCCACACCCACCACCGCCAUCUCCUCCAGCCACGCCGUCAAGCCCACCUCCUCCCUGCCCCCCGCCAGCCGCAUGUCCAGCCUGCUCUCCCAGGCCCUGCCCAGCAACAUGCCAGUGGCCCUGGCCCUCUCCAACACGGGCCUCUCCGGGUCCAACCCCUUCUUCCCCCUCCUGCCUCGCCUCCCUCUCCAGCUCCCCCCCUCGGCGGCCAGCCUCAUCUCCGCCGCCACCUCCGGCGCCCACUCCAUGCCCACCGACUCCCUCUCCCAGAGCUCUGGCGCCGGCGGGGAGGCCGCUGCCUCCACCCCCACCUCCUUCGCGGCCACCUCCAUCAUGGAGAAGAUCUCCGCCAGCAAGGGCUUGAUAUCGCCCAUGAUGGCCAGGCUGGCGGCGGCUGCCCUCAAGCCCUCCGGCAACCCGGACGCAGGGAACGGUCAGUCCGCUCCGGCAGGCCGGUUUAAUCUGGUUCAAGUGAAGCAGGAGCCGGUCGACGCCACCUCCGGGGCCUCCCAAGACUCCAUGCAGGAGCAGAGCCUGGACCUGAGCAAGAAAGACCACAGUAAUGAAUCAAACGGACAUCCUGUACCGGGAAAUACAUCUCUUUUAUCCUCGCUUAUGAAUAAGAUGUCGCAGGUGAACGCCGGCUUCUUCGGCGCCAUGAACAUGAAGGGGGAGCUGGAGAACAGCCAGGGGGUGGACAACUCGGAGGCGGCGCAGUACCUCAGCCGAGUCAUGAAGAGACCCAUCCUGGAGAAGCCCGCCGAGCUCUGGAAGACGUACCUGCGCAGGUUUGACACGGAUGAUUUCUGCGAGGCUCAGUGCGACUUCCUGCAGAAGGUCCACUUCCACUGUCUGGUGGAGGACUGCGGAGCGCUUUUCAGCACUGUGGACGGUGCGGUCAAGCACGCAAAUUUCCACUUCCGGGCUACCCUGAAGGUGAAAUCGGAGCCCCCUUUCAACGAGGCCAAGGAUCCCGGGGAGGGCGCCCCCUCCCAGCCCUCCCAGCCCGUCUCCAUGGUGACGGCGCCCUCCAUGGAGGCGCCCACCAUCACCACCGCAGGGGGGUUCGGCUCCUCCCCCUCCCUCCUGGCCUGGAAGCAGCUGACCGGCUCCAUCCCCCAGCUGCCCGCCUCCGUACCCAGCCUGCCGGGCACCUCUCCCCUGGCCACCACCUCCCUGGAGAACGCCAAGCCGCAGGUCAAGCCCGGCUUCCUGCAGUUCCAGGACAACGAUCCUUGCCUGGCCACAGACUGCAAGUACUCCAACAAGUUCCACUUCCACUGUCUCUUCGGCAACUGCAAAUACGUGUGCAAGACCUCUGGGAAGGCGGAGUCUCACUGCCUGGACCACAUCAACCCCAACAACAACCUGGUCAACGUGCGAGACCAGUUCUCCUACUACUCGCUCCAGUGUCUCUGUCCCAACCAGCACUGUGAGUUCCGGAUGAGGGGCCACUACCACUGUCUGCGGCCGGGCUGCUUCUUUGUCACCAACAUCACCACCAAGCUGCCCUGGCACAUCAAGAAGCACGAGAAGGCGGAGCGCCGUGCCGCCAACGGGUUCAAGUACUUCACCAAGCGGGAGGAGUGCGGCAGGCUGGGCUGCAAGUACAACCAGGUUAACAGUCAUUUCCACUGUAUCCGCGAGGGCUGCCAGUUCUCCUUCCUGCUCAAGCACCAGAUGACCUCCCACGCCCGCAAACACAUGAGGAGGAUGCUGGGCAAGAACUUCGACCGGGUCCCGUCCCAGGUGGUGUCCCACGCCCACAGGUCGGACGAGAUGCAGCACAUGGCCAAUAUGACGGCGGGCGCCAUGGGCGGCCACUCGGGCCUGAGCCACGGCUUCUCCAGCAUGAUGGAGGAGACCGACGACUACAUGGACUACAUGGGCGGGGGUAGUCCCCUGGGCCUCUCCUCCGAGUCCUCCAAUCAGGAUCGCAGCUGCACCAGCACCCCCGUGGGCAACGAGAGCUCCCCGGCAGGAUCAGGCUGCCAGGUCACUGCUCCUGCCACCACAGCCCCCGCUGACACUACUGCUACCCACAAUGCACCUCCACCUCCUCUGCCCCAGCUCCAGCCUCAGGCUCCGCCUCCAUCUUUCCCUCCGGCUCUCCUCCGGCCUCCUCUCCCCUCGCUCCCAUACCUCCUCUCUCCAUCCUGUCUGUCAUACUCUCUGCUCAGCGCCUCUCUCGGAGCCACUCGGAGUGUUGUCAUGCCAACCAACACGCCAGCUUUCAGUCCGAUCAUUGCCGCUCCGUCUCCGGUUAAAAACGAUGUCCCUGUAGUGCAGGAUGCUGCAGGCAACACCAUCUCCAUCCCCACGGCGACGGGAGCCAAGAAGCGCUUCUGGAUCAUCGAGGACAUGUCCCCCUUUGGCAAGCGGCGCAAGACGGCCUCGUCGCGGAAGAUGCUGGACGAGGGCAUGAUGCUGGAGGGCUUCCGGCGCUACGACCUGUACGAGGACUGCAAGGACGCCAGCUGCCAGUUCUCCCUGAAGGUCACGCACUACCACUGCACCCGGGAGAACUGCGGCUACAAGUUCUGCGGCCGCACCCACAUGUACAAGCACGCCCAGCACCACGACCGCGUGGACAACCUGGUGCUGGACGACUUCAAGCGCUUCAAGUCCUCGCUCAGCUGCAACUUCCCCGACUGCCAGUUCUCCGGCAACAGCACCCACUUCCACUGCCUGCGCUGCGGCUUCCGCUGUACCGACAGCACCAAGGUGACGGCCCACCGCAAGCACCACGGCAAGCAGGACGUCAUCAGCGCCGCCGGCUUCUGCCAGUUCAGCUCCAGCGCCGACUGCGAGGUGGCCGACUGCAAGUACAAGCUCAAGUGCUCCCACUUCCACUGCACGUACCCGGAGUGCAAGCACACGGUGGUGGGCAUGUCGCAGAUGGACUCGCACAAGCGCAAACAUGAGAAGCAGGAGCGCGGGGAGCUGCCCUCCGUCUCACCCAAUCAGGAGGCGCACCUCAUGGGCGGGGCCAGCGCGCCCUCCGCCUCGGCCGCCCUCCACCCGGCCUCCCCCGGCGCCCAGGGGCUCUCCCUCAACAGCGCCCCCAUGUUCCUUCCCCCGACGGCAGGGGGCAUCGGCGACUACGAGCACCCCGCCUCGUCCAUCAACCUGGACGGCUCGCUGAACCUGGGCACCGACACCAACAGCUCGCUGUUCUUCCUGAAGAACCCCAGCGGCUUGGGCCUCAACGACUCCCUGGACCUGAGCAAAAAGAUGCACCACGACCCGCUGGCCCUGGCCGGACCCAGCCCCACCCCGCUUGGCCUGCCGGGGCCUCAGGACGACACCACCGGCACGUCGGGUGACGCCGAGGACGACCUCUCGCCCGAGGAGGAGAUCAACGCCGAGGAGGACGAGGAAGAGGAGGAGGAAGAGGAGGGGGAGGAGGACCUCAACACAGACUCGUAUGAAGACUCUAUGCCGGAGCCGGAGGGCCUGGACGGCGACAAGGACAAUGGAGAGAGUUUCGAUGCUUCCACAAACCACGCUGACACUUCCCAACUGGAAAAGCAAGAGGCCGACCCGUGAAAGAGAAACUGUGGAGAAAGUGCAGAAGAAAAACCCUGUGUACUGUGAACAAACAGGAACGACAGGCGCCUCAUUUAUCACGCUAAAGGACUUUGCCGAUGACAAGAAACAACAACAAAAAAAAAAAUUCUGACGGCCCAAAAUGAUUUAUUAUGAUGUUUACAAGAUGACCAACAUUAUUAAUUUAAUUAUGCAUAACAAAACGAACAGGAGAAGAAGCAAACAGAUGAGGCCCUCUUUUUACACACGGGCGGAAAUUCAAAAGUUUUCCUACACAUCAGUCUUUUUUGUGUGCGUGCAUGUUUGACUUUAAUUUAU